AACCAGGUGACGCUUUCUCAUUCAACACAACAUGUUUUCUUAGCUCCUGACUUCCGCUGUGGUUUGUAUGCGCUCUCUUUUUAGCCUAAGAGUAGUUAGCAAACAAAGUUGUCAUUUCCUCAUCAUCAAGGCUUGUUCCUCGUUGAGGACUAGAAAUCUCUUUCACGCUUCAAAUCGUGAAGGGUUCCUGAGAAAGCAGCGUGUCUCUGUCCCCUCUCUAGGAGCUCUUGGAUGGAUCUUGUGCUCUAGAAGGAACAAUGGACCCCUGGCUUUGGUUACUUUACUUCCUGCCAGUAUCAGGGGCUCUGAGGAUCCUCCCAGAAGUAAAGGUAGAGGGGCAACUGGGCGGAUCAGUUACCAUCAUGUGCCCACUUCCCGAAACGCCUGUGAGGAUAUAUCUGUGCCGGGAGAUGGCUGAACCUAGAACAUGUGCUACCGUGAUAUCCACCACCAACUUCAUCAAGAACGAAUACAGGGGCCGAGUCACUCUGACGGAAAACCCACACGAGAACCUGUUCCUAGUGAAGGUCGCAGAACUGACGGAAAGUGACAGCGGCGUCUACGCCUGCGGAGCGGGCAUAAACACGGACAGAGGAAAGACCCAGAAAGUCACCCUCAAUGUCCACAGUGAAUACGAGCCAUUAUGGAAAGAGCAGCCAGCUCCUGAGACUCCAAAUUGGUUUCAUCUGCUCCAUUUGUUCCAGAUGCCUGCACAUGCCAGUUCUUCCAAAUCUGUACCCAGAGUUACCACACCAGCUCCAAGGACCAAGGUCCUUCCAGUCCACCACCCCUCCCCCACCACCCAAAUCAUCCACUAUUCUCGAGUGUCCAGAGCAUCUUCAGUAGUAGCUGACAAGCCCCCAACCCUCCUGCCAUCCACUACAGCCUCAGAGAUCUCAGCUCGAGGGGUGCUGCUCAAGCCUCGGACAGUCGGCUACAACCACCACACCAGGCUGCACAGGCAGAGAGCAUUGGACUAUGGCUCACAGUCUGGGAGGGAAGGCCAAGGAUUUCACAUCCUCAUCCCGACCGUCCUGGGCCUUUCCCUGCUGGCACUUCUGGGGCUGAUGGUGAAAAGGGCUGUUCAAAUGAGGAAAGCCCUCUCCAGGCGGGCCCGUCGACUGGCCGUGAGGAUGCGCGCCCUAGAGAGCUCCCAGCCGCCCCGCGGGUCGCAGCAAAAGCGCUCCCAAAACAUCUACAGCGCCUGCCCGCGGCGCGCCCCUGGGGCGGACGCUGCAGGCAAUGGGGAGACCCUGGUUCCAGGUUUUAGGGAGCCGUUGUCCCCCGCCCUGCUGCAGGUGUCUGAAUCUCCCUGGCUCCAUACCCCACCUCUGAAGACCAGCUGUGAAUAUGUGAGCCUCUACUUCCAGCCUGCCGCCAAGAUGGAGGACGGUGAUUCAAACGACUACAUCAAUGUUCCUGCCUGACAGCUCCGCAGCUGUCCCCUGACCCCAGGCCCAGACUGUGGUGCCAAGGAGUCUCGUCUGUCUACUGAUAUCCAAUAUCUGCUUCAUGUGUUCUCAGAGCCAUCAUCACUUCCCAUGCCCCAUCUCAAAUCCCAUCCCCUUCUAUCUGUGCCCUGAGCGUGGCUCUGCUCCCAGGUCGUCUUGCACACCUUGGCCGCCCCCUGUAGUCGACAGGUAAGGUCUAGGCAUGCAGAGCAGUUGUCUCAAUGCUACUUGCUUCCUUUUUAAGCCAUCUAACAGGCUGUGGGAUUUGCAGAGCGUUUCUUCAAUGUCUUUGACCACAGGGUUGUUGCUGCCUAGGCUCUAGAUCACAUGGCAUCAGGCUGGGACAGAGGCAGAGCUAUUCUCAGGCAUCCUUUCCAGGGUUGGGUCUUACACAAAUAGAAGUCUCUUUUUCUGAGUUAUGUGGAUAAGCCUCAACCCCAUGGACUAGGCAGGGGUCUAGUAUGAAAACACUCCCAGAAAUGGCUUUGCCCUGUUCCAAAAUUUAGCACCUGCUAGUGAACAUCUACUUAUCUCAAGUUAUAUGCUAAGGGCAAUUUAUCUUGGUGUGAUGAUGUAUUCUAAAUUUUCGGAACCGAGCUUGUUAGUGAGAUUUGCAUAU